AAACCCGCACCAACGCCCGAUCGAGUCAAGUCUUCGCUACCGCUUCGAUACCACCGCACUCUUUCUGCCUAUAAGAUAAAACGAUACACGAUGGCGAAACCUCGUCAGCGCAGAAAGUCGCGUUCGGGCAACUCGAACGGAGCCUCCCAGAACGCAAAGAGGAACAUGAAGAAGAGACUGCAUCGAGCGCCCGCCAUCAAAGGUCCAGACGUGCUCAGGGAGAAUUGGGACAAGAAGCUUACGCCCAGACAAAACUUUGCGAAGCUAGGCUUGUUGUCUGAUUUGCGACUGCGCGAUAGUGGAGGCGCAGAAUCGCUCAAGGGACUGCCUCUGAGCAUCAAUGAUUCGAGCAGCUCCAGUCGGACCUUUGGGGCACAAAGCUCCAGCGCCGCCCCAGUGGUCAGAAAGGGUAUGGGACGCAUUACACGCGAUGCGGAUGGCAAUGCGCAGAUUGUAGAGGGUGAAGAAGAGGACGAAGAGACGCCUUGGGGCAGACCACUUGAUACAUUUGGACAUGAAGAGGUGCAGAUGGAUGAGCGCAUGUAUGCGAGGAGAGCGCAGACGGACGACGAUGAAGACGGUAAUGAGGAUGAGGAUGAGGACCAGAGAAGCACGAGCGAAGAGGUGGACGAUCUGGCCGGCGGAAGUCAGGAAGCCUUGCGGCCCUUGCCCGAGGCCGCUCAAGGCGCGUCUGCCAAGACAAAGGUCGUCGAGUCUCUGGAAGCGCUCGCAGCUACAGCACGACCGGUACCCCGGCAUCAAUCCAUGCUAGAGAGGAGUUGGCUUCAAAGAUUGGUAGAGUCGCACGGAGACGAUGUGGAAAGCAUGGUCGUGGACAAGCGCGGAAAUCCCUGGCAGAAGACGGCAGGAGAGAUCAGGAGAGCGAUAAAAAAGGCUGGAGGAGUGGCAGCUAUCCGAGCCUCUCUGUAGGCUUUUGCACAAUUUGCCGCUCAUCAUGCCUACUCGGCGCUUCGCACCACCGUGGCACUGUGCGCUCACAAUUUGCAGCUGGCCGUCUAGCGCACUUUGAUGCGCGCGCCUCGAUUUAACAAUCUCGAACGUCACCCAGAAAAGCAUGGCUCGAGAUCUUCAAUGCCAUUGCUGAGGGGGUAUUGCGUGCGGAUCCUCAAUCGCGAGCAGAUGGCCCUUGUCCAAGUGGAUAUUCGCGCGCGUUCCACAGCAUCUCUGCUUCGCUCUGCUCAAUCUGCUCGAUGCCCGCUGCGACGCUCGAUGCGGAAACCUCGAGGCAGCUUUGCAAUCUUUCAGGCUAGCACCAGCUUGGACUAUUGGCAAGCAUAGAUCGCUGCUGUUGCGUACGCUUCACCAGCUCUGAUAGGCACUCGACCUUAUUGGAUCCUGCGCCGGUUCUGCUUGAAAUAAUUGCAUGCC